AGUGUUGGGGCAGGAACGAGGAGGAGCGGCUGAUCAACUACCUGAUAAAAGAGCGAGGAUACAACAAAGAGCUGCGACCUGUUGAGAGGCAGCAGGACGCCGUCGACGUUUACCUCGCGCUCACGCUGUCCAACCUCAUCUCUCUGAAAGAAGUCGACGAGACUCUGCUGACGAACGUGUGGAUAGAUCACACGUGGUAUGACUACCGACUGUCGUGGAACGUGUCAGAGUUUGACGGCAUCGAGGCUCUUCGUCUGCCGACCAGCAUGGUUUGGCUGCCGGAGAUCGUGCUGGAAAACAA